UUAUGUUUAAAAUUUCAUAAGCAAUCUCUUUAAUUGCUGGGCAUUACAGGAAAAAUGCUUAAAAUGUACAGUUUUAGGGUCGCUCAUGUGAUCAAAUUGUUAUUUCCGACGGUCAGUGAAGGCAGCACACUUUCCCUGCGCUGACCUCUGACAGCAGCCGGCCUGCUCAUGGAUCCGCUCCCUCCCUUCACAAACACGGAAGCAGCAUGGCGUCCAACAGCAGCGGCGGCGGCGGUGAAGGCGGCAGCUCCGACAGGCAGCGAAUUGCACAGCAGAGGCUGAGGAUCAUCGCCGGGCAUUUACAGAGACCGGCGGACGAUGGCUUGAUCGUCCUCGCCGCGGAGUGUAAAGGCCAAAAUAACAAAACAGAGGCUUCCAGCGAGGGGAGGACGGUGCCGAGGAGGAGGUACGAGGCUGGGAUGGAGCGGUGGAUAAGGGUCCAUCAUCUGUGGCUUUAGCUAGUUUUAAAGCAGUCAUUCAUAGACUAUUUUCUAGCAGGAUGACAUGCAUUAGCAGUCGUAUUCCCCUCUCUUAUCUGAGCAUUAGUAAUGAAUGCAGAGACGGUGAAAGCUGGUUUUGUUGAGCCUGCUAGCUAAGGUUGCUGGGCUCCAGAGUAGACCUUGGUUUGCUAAGGAGUGGGUGCGGCUAGGUUCACUCUGAAGAGUUUGUCGUUGUUGGGGGCGACUUUCUUAAAGUUAGAUAGAAAAUGCUUGUCUUUUGUUGAUUUCACUCCUCAGACGGCAAUUUUCUGUAACUGAAGCUUCAAUAAUGUUGAGUUAUGGCUAAGCUCCUGGUACUUUCGUUAUGAUUAUCACGAUAGAGCAACUGGAUUUAAUUGGCGACACAUUAAUCCAGGGACACGUUAUUACAGCCAUUACGGUAAUGGUUGCUGUUACGUAUGGCUGUUACGUAUUUGUUUAAUUCAUCUUUUUUUUUCUUUCUUCAACAAACGUAACACAUGGGCUAGUUUUAAUCAAACUUCCAUACCCAUUUCCUCAUUACAUAGGAAGUUAAAUUAUUGAUAAAAUGUGAUAAUUAAGGUGUACUCUGUGAUUUUAUGUAAUGACUGAGAGGAUUUUAGUAAGAAAAGACAAGAAAACACACUUUAUUUCUUGCUGCAAGUUGUGUUGAUCUGAUUGGUUCAGACAAGUAGUGGCCUGACUUUCAACCUAUUGGCAGCUCACUUCCUUAUGAGAAAACAACACCACACUGUGCUGACAUCUAGUGUCAGUCGGAGUAAACAGCUGGAGCCAAACAGCCAACUACUUAAAAAAAAUACCAGAAUUUGAUGUUGUGAAACUCAUCAUGUCCUGUUCUGGUCAGUAUGACACUGAGAUGACAUAACAUGGCUCAGUGUCACUGUCUGUUUUACUGUCUACAGAGUGUUUAGUUUGGUUCUGUAUGGAAACAGUCGUUGUGCAUCAAUGAUGUUGCCAGAGGAAGUUUGAGCAGUUUAGAAGGUUUUGAUCUGACUGUAUACAAAGAAUUCAUUCAUGUUGCAAGGUUCAGAGACAAGUACAUUCAGGUGCCAGACAGCAUAUUUGUCCCCAUCACUGGUUUGAUUGAACAUGACCGCAAACCCUGCUGUAACAAUGGAACAGCAAAUAGUGACAUUUCCUUUGGAGAAGUAUCAAACACUUACCCCUUUCAGACUUUCAACUAUUUUACAGAAAAUUCUUUACGUUACCUUUCUGGUACGGUUGGUUGAGUAGCUUCAGGAAAGAAUCUUGAUUUACAGGUUUUGUUGAGUGUCAGGUCUGCUGUUCACAUUUGAAUAAAAAGGAUAUCUCUGGCCUUGCAUGUAUAUAGUUUACACUUUUGUGUCCCACCGGUAUGUGAAGUUUACAAAUGGUACGGCACACUAAGGCUUAGUGCAUUGUAAACCAUUGUCAAUCAUAAGGGUUUUAUAUUGUAUUAUCUAAUAUUUAUGGCAAUAUUGGCCAUGCUUUGCAAUUUAUAGCAUAAUCCAAUAUCUGUUUUUCUACUGAUUCAUUAAAAAUCCAUCUAAAACACAUUACUGGCGACGACAACCAUGUGCUUUUAGAUUUUGAUUAAUAUUCACUUAAGUUCAACAAUCAUGUUUUAUACUUUUUUGGCAUUUUUAAAUUGUUUUACAUAUUGGCCAUCAGUAGACCAGCUCUCAUUGGCCACUGAAAAACUGUGAUUGGUCACUUCAUUCUGUACGAAUUUGCAAUACACAAAAAUGAUGCCCUUAGAGUAUAAUGUAAAGUAUAAAGACAAAUAAAGGGAAGUUCAGCUGAGACUUUCAAUGUGGCACAAAGUCAUUAACUUAAACAUAAAGGCGUUUUUAUUGGAAAAAAAAAAAGGAUAUUCAAUCAUUUUAGUAGAAUUUCUGUACAUUACAAGUUUACCUCCAACAGCCUCAAUGUCAGUAUACCUGAGCACAGCACACCUGAUGUAGCCUCUACACUUCUGUGUUAAUAUCCCAUCCUGAGUUUGCUCCAUUGAAACAACCAAACUAUAAGAUAAGGAGGAAAUCACAAGAUACGGGUGCUUAUCUUGAAUACACGGCACAGUUGCUCUGUAAAGUAUUGGAGCAUAGAUUGAUAAAGAUCACAUCAUCUUUUGUUGUGAAGCUGUUGACUGCAAUCUUAAGGUAUCUCCACAGCGAUAAGAAAUAUUCCUCACCUUUGGUAGUUAUUGCAGAAUUAUUGGAGUGUGGCACGUGCCUGUAUGUGUCAGGAAGACACAAGCACUAAAUCGUCAGAUGGCGCUUAUGACUACAGCACAAACGUUUGGCUCUUAUCAGAAAAAACUGUGUAUAAGGGUGCCUGCAGGGUGCAAUAAAUAUUAAAUAUUUUCAUGUGUUGGCUCACAGCAAAGGUGUGUCUGCUAGCUUCAUGUGUGCAUAUAAAUUCUGUUUGAAUACGACACUUAACAAGCUGUGUGUUUGUGGGCUGGUGUGCAGAGAAGGGCAGACAAUCAGGGAGUACUGCAGGCGUGUCUGUCUGCAUCCUCCCAUGUUGUAAAUGUGCUAACUGAUAGCCAGCUCCGCUUUGAAUGCAAAGGUGGUGGAUGACUUAUUAAAAUUAGGUCAAAUAAAGGCCUGUGUUUAAAAUAUGAAUAUGAAAUAUACUAAUUUCACAGCAAUGACCCUAGCUAACCAAGUAAAAAGUAUUUCAGGAAAUACCCUACCCCUAUUUGCCUGAUGGUUUGUCACGUCCCAACAUUACUCUAAGCUGUAUGUGUUGGUAACUGAACCACUGACACUGUUUGUUUUCCCACAGGCAGGAGAUUAUGAAGUGGAACGGCUGGGGAUACAGUGAUUCAAAAUUCCUCUUCAACAAGAAAGGGCAAGCAGAAUUUACUGGCAAAAGGUACCACAUAAUAUCACAUCAUCUCCCUUAGAUAUAAGCGUUUUAUACAGCAUGUACCUGUUGAUUAUCCUGAACUAUCUGUGAGUGUCUUCCCUUUCCUACUGCAGCUAUCAUGUCCAGCUUCAGCAAUCAUGUGUGAGGCUGUAAUGAAACCUGAGUUUUACUGUGUAUUGAUCAUUCUGACAGCAAAUCCUCUGAAUCCAGCUUCUGAACUCAGCUGCUGUCUCCCACACUCACAGCAAUGUAGUGCUACUGCCACCCUGUGGCUGGCAUUUGAACUGUUCAUCUAAGAAUUGUUGUCCACAGUCUGCAGCUCAUUAACAGAAACCACUUUCCAAUCUGAGAAAUAUUGAAACACGUUAUGUUUCUGAUUAUUCAUGUGUCUCUGGGGUGUUUGUGGGAAAAACGGUAAUUUAUUGUCAAUUGGAAAAAAAGGCUCGGUUUCAAUUUUUAAGUGUUGAAAAAUAAAGCCAGUUGUCCACCAGAUAACAGAAAGUGGCUUCAGUUAAAAACAGACUCUUUUAUCCUUGUCUCCAAUAACAAAGGAAGAUGCAUGGAUGAGCCUUUUUAUUGUCAUCAUGACGUACACUUCUGGAAAAGACAGUCCUGACACAGAGAAAUGGUCUAUUGCAUAUAAGGAAGUAUUUUGAGUAAUGAGUCGAGUUAAACCGUAUGUUGCACAGCAAAUGGUGUCCCCCUCUGUGUGAGCUGUUGCUUCAAAACACUCUGCGCCCGCUCAUUUGAAACACUACCUGGGCAGUGUACGGUAACUAAGGCUGGGGCACAGCUGAAUGAACGUCUAAAACCUUAGUCUCCUCCUCUGCGCUCAUUGAGACAGAGGCUUUUUCAUUAUAGAGGGUGUUUCAUGCUCUCUUGGACAAAGGCACAGCACAGUGCCCUGAUGGGCUGGCCCAGGCUGUGCCAGCGGCUCAAUUAUGCAAGGGAUGGCGAGGGCGGUCACACAGACACCACUACUGUCACUGCUCGCCUAAUAACCCCUUUGGACUUAAACCUCCCACUCUAUUCUUAUUAGACAUAGACGUGGAUUUCCAAAUGAAACAGCUCAGUCAAGCAUUCAGAUGUUUGCAACUGAGGGUUUUGACCUCUAGUUAUAGAAAUCACUCAUACAUGAGGUUUCAAAGUGGUUUAUAUGCAAUCUGUCUUCUUUUAUAUGCAAACCCAGGUAUAGACUAAGUGGCAUGAUCAUGCCUGCUCUGAAAGACUGGUUUGAAGGCACGUUUGGAGCCAGUUUGCAGCAUAAAACUCCAGCAACAGUGAGUCUCAUUUGUUUUUGUUUGGUGUCUUAUUUUGUUGCAGUAAUUCACAGAGACAUACCCUCACCAGAAUCACUACAGAUCAUUUCUGUUUUUGUUCCAGCCUGUUCUCACGAGCAGUGCUGUGCAGCCUCCCACUCUUAAUGAGGCCUUUGUGGAGGAGCUGAAAUCCACAGGUAUUUCCUUCUCUCACAAUGCAGAGGACCGAGUGUUUCGUGCCCACGGUAAGGCAUACUGGACAGGAACUUUCGCGUUUGGUUGUUAAGCAAGAAUUUGAUUGUUUUGGUGAUGGGUGUUUAUACUUUUUUUAUGGAUUUUCUGUCAGUUGAUUUCUGUGUUGUUUGUCCUUCAGGCCAUUGCCUUCACGAGAUCUUUGCCCUAAGAGAAGGAAAAUUUGGUCGUGUUCCUGAUAUGGUGGUAUGGCCAAGUGAGUUCAAAUCUGUGUGUUUUCCAGUCUGGCUUUUUUCUCCUCCCACAUAACAUCUCUGAUCCCCCAACCGGCUUAGGUGAUUUAAAGGGUUAAUCUCUGCAGAGGCAGGGAUAUUAAUAUGUAUGAGUGGAGGCUUAAUAAGAAGCGUCAGGGGGAGGAUGGUUGACACCCAAUACUCCACGGUCUGGCCCAGCACAGUACGCCCAUGAAUUAUGAUUCUGAGAUUGGUUUUCUCUUGUUAUGGUUGGCUCUAUUUUAUCAUGCAAAUGAGUGUUGACUGAUCGCCGAAACUUGAUUAGCAGCCUCCCAAAUGGACAGCAAAUCACAGAGCAUGUGCAGGUAUCAAAACAGGCUUGAAAUUUUAAUUUUUUCUUCCUCUGACUUGCUGUGCAUCUCAUAGAUUUGUUUUCCUCAGUGGUCUCUAGAGGCUGACCUGUGUUUGUUUAAAUGAAGGUGUAGCUGGUUGUGCUGUAAUCAGAGGCCAGUUGCUGUAUGUUUAAUUGCAUAGCAAAACGCCGCACCAGAAUGCAGGCAUUUUUCACCGCCUCUGAAAGCACUUGAGGCCAGUCAAACACAUCCAUGUGGGUGGGUAUUGCAUCUCUUCCCACUCACUCACCACUCCAGUGUGAAUGGAUGUGAGCCCCAUGAUUGGCUAAUACAGGUUUGUAUCGAUCCAGCACAUCCCGCCCCCAGAGAGAGUGUAGCUUCAUGCAGUCUGACUCCGCCUGAGUAAAGCCCUGAGCAGAUCACAGCCAUCAGGCAAAUCAAAACCUGCUCCUCCACUGGUCCCCCGGCUCUAAUGGCUCCAGCCAUAUACAUGUAUUUAUUGUCCUCUGUAAAUACACCGUGUUAUGUGCCAUAUUUAUUUCUUAUGCAGUGUGUCUGUGGUUAUGUGCUGGUUCUUAAUUUAUGGAUGCAAUAGAAAGCUGCAAAUGAAAACAUGUCCUUUAUGGUGUCUACUAAUUUUUCAAAUGAUAUAUACUGCGUCUUUACAGACUGCCACAAUGAUGUGGUGAAAAUUGUGGAGCUGGCGUGCAAACAUAACGUUUGUUUGAUGCCAUAUGGAGGUGAGUGAUGUCACCAAUGCACUUUAUCUGUAUAUCAGAUUUAAUAUAAUAUUAUAAUAUAUUAUCUCCUGAAAAAUACAAAGCCACAGUGCUACAGACACUGCAGAAAUGUGUGUCUGUUAAUUUUGUAAUAGAGUGAGAGCAUCAAUCAAAUCAAAGAGUGGUAUCACAAUAACUCCAGUCCUGUUACAGUUUCAAAACUUUCUGAUCUGUUUUACAUUUGCCCGUCUUUUCUAGAAAAUCACGGCACAUGGAGAGUGUCCAGUGUGUUACAUUUGAAAGCUCAUUCCCUCUCAAUCCUAUCUGAACUCCUGUUUUGUUUUUUUCUCGCUCAGGAGGGACGAGUGUCUCCAGUGCACUUGAGUGCCCCCCAGAGGAGACCCGCUCCAUUGUUUCUCUGGAUACCUCACAGAUGGUACGUAAACACAAACUGUCUGUCAUAAGAGCUGGUGUGUCCUGAAGACUAGGAAAGAAGAAACUGAAACAGAUCUUUGAGAUUCUGCUUAUUCAAGACUUUCAUUAUGACAUUUAGAGUUUGUGUUCAUCAGAUUGACUGUUGUCUUAGCUUACAUCUAAAGGUGUUUUUCUCUGGUAUUUAUUAUAAAUGUUUCAUGACUAAUUAGAAAAGUAUGUCAAGUUAGAUUUUUACUGAUUGACUUGCAGUGAUCCAGUUCCUUUUUUGACAGGACAGGGCUUACAGUGGCAGCACUGUUUUCUUAGCUUUUUAAAAAUUACACAGUAAUUACACAGUUAGACAUUACAGGACAAAAGUUUUUAAUCAAAACACAUCCGGAACUUUAUGGAGAUCAUAACUUUCCAGUCUACUAUGAUUUUUUUAACACAUUUAGACGCAGGAGAAGCUUGUCAUUUAAGAUUUCCCUCUGGUCAGUUGGGGAGCGUAUUUGUUGUAAGUAAAGGGACUCAAUUUUGUUGUUUAAGAACACUACUAGUGUCACUUAAGUAUCAACCCUCAAUUUGAAUGAAAUCCAAAGCCUCUCACUAUAAACAGGGUGUUUCGUAGAUAUAGUGAUCAGCAUAAAUGAGUACACCCCUUCAGAGUUGACAGAAAACCUUUAGUUUCCUUUCAAAAUCAACAUUUUCUAUGUCAGACUUUACAACAAAUGUAGGCCAUUGAUUGCAAACAAGAUUUUUUAAGUUGCACACAAAAAAGUAUUUUUUUUUUUUUUUCAAUUUAAAAUCAGGAUGCAAAAAUAAGUACACCCCAACCGAAGUUCUGGGAGCAAAGCUAAAUUUUAGUGACCAUAUUACCUUUUUUUAAUCUCAUGGUAAAUAAAAUGUUAUGUUAAACUCAGCUUUGUCAAAACUUUGGAAAUUGUACUUUUGGUCAUCUAGAUAUUGAGUAAUACUUUACUUUUAAUAGGGGGUGUACUGACUUAUGCUGGGCACUGUUUAAUGUAAUAUUAGAUGUAAUAGGAAAUAGUCACCAGUACAGUGCAGCCCCUUUGAACCGUUCCCACACAGACAUGAUAUAUAAGCAGCUCGGACGGGACUAGCCCACCGCUCGUUGAGUCUGGUGCCACAGACACCAGUGAGCAGUGCUGUGUGUCAGGGGUCAGAGGUGGGUUUGGCUCCAGUGGAAGCACAUGAAAGGAGCAGUAUGGUAGUAACAUAAAGUUUACUACCACUGGAGAAUAAUUGAUGGCAGGUGUGAAAUGACCUCCUGCAGGUAGGGGUAGGCCACGUGCCCAACGGCCCAAAUAAGAGGCAUAUAUUUGGAAUUGGAUGUUAAAUUGAGUUUAACCUUGAGGAAAAUGUCUUUGUCCCUUCGCCCCUCUGUGCACAUUUAUCCUCAGACGUGUGACCGUCAGGCUAGAAGGACAUUCUGGUGCAAAAGUUGUAGAUUUAUCUGCUAAACUAAGACAAAGAGGUUUCAAGUUGAUAUGACACAGUAAAAAGGUUUAGUAUUCAGAAGACGCAUGUUGUAAUCCUUUAUUUUUUAUUUUUAUGAGGAUUGUAGCAGGCGUCAAAUAUACAGUCUUCAUGUUAGUCCGCUGAAACUAACAGCCUAGAAAGAGUAUUUAUGUUACGCUAUGUGGCAUAAAGCGCUAAUACAGAACGCUUUUACAGCCUCCUCUGGUCUGUUUUUUAUUCUCAGAAUCGUAUUCUGUGGAUUGACGAGAAGAAUUUAACCGCCCAUGUGGAAGCUGGCAUCGUCGGCCAGGAUUUGGAGAGAUUGGUAAGUGCUCCUCAUCCAUCCAUAUUCAUCCACUGAAAGAGCUUACAUUGCUGUAAAACGCCGUGCCAACAAUCAAGCCGUGUGACCACUCACAGGUUGGCCAUGUUCAGUCACCUUGUAGCUUUCUGCUCAGCGGCUCUAGCCGGGUUUAGGAGGAGAGUGAGACGGGAGCAGAGUGCUGAAGGGGAGAGAUUAGAGAGUGAGGCGGCAGUCAUGAGCAGAUGGCACCAUCAAGCUAAUUCAGAAAAAUGGAGAAGGAGCGGGUGUUUGAUGUAGAGGAAUGCGUGAGCUGCAUCUAAAGCAGACGCCAGCUCUGCAUUUAGACUGGGCCAUUUUGAUGGAGCAGAUGGGUCUGUAUUAUAAACUGCCUUCCAGGGGAGAGUGGUGAUAAAACAAGGCCUGACUUAACCCCCAUCUUGUGCUUCUGGUGGGGAUGUUGUCGCACUUUAAGGUCCUUAUUAUUAUUGCUAUUAAAUGUUCUGCCUAAAGAUGUGAUCUUGUAUGGUUGGGCUGCCUUGAGGAGAACGAGUGGGUUCCUGAUGAUCCACACUUUCUCCUUAAAGCUGUAAGGGAUUGUGGGUCUGAUGAAGUUGCUCAAAAUGUUUUUUUUUUUUAAAGUGUGGAUCAUACUCUAAAACUAUCCAUCAGAGUUUUGUCACUCAGCUGUGGCCACGUGGCAAGUAACUAAGAAGCCACUCAGUAUUUUCAAGUUGGGAGGGGCUGUUGGAGCUGAAUGUGCCACACUUUUCCAUCAUGGCAGCUCCAGACAAAGCCUUUAUUAACAUCAGCUUGUGAAAGUCAAGUCUCUGUUUUUUAACUUUUACCAGUGCCAAUAAAAAAAGGCCUCAACAUGUCGGCUCUUGUUUCAUACUCGACAUCAGUGAUCCACUAGAGCAGACAAAUUUACCGCAGCCCAAAUAAUACACCAAUCUCUCUUUUUGGUCUUUUUGCUCUUUCCAGUUGGUUUAUUUUAAGCUGCAGUAAAAAUCUAUGAUGCCAUAAAACCCGAGUUUGUGCAUUGCAGCAAAACAAGCGCUGUGAAAUUCAGCAGCAGAGCUGCAAUUAUCUCUCUCCCUUUGCUUGCUCAUUCUUUUUGCUUGUUAUUAAAAGAUUCUUGUGGGUUUACAUCGCUGUGUUCCAAACAUUUUUUGGCUGUAUUUCUAUCUGCAUCGACAAAUGUACACUUUCUUUGUUUCUUGUCACAGCUUAAUGAGAGCGGCUACUGUACAGGGCAUGAGCCUGACUCCAUGGAGUUCAGCUCCCUGGGGGGCUGGGUAGCAACCAGAGCAUCAGGCAUGAAGAAGAAUAUCUACGGGAACAUCGAGGACCUGGUGAGCCACACAUACACAAGCACACUUCUACCUUUCCUGUUUGUUUCAAACUUAGUGUUAAAGUCAGGGCUCUGCGGCUACAGCGCAGUAAUUAUAAGGAAAUUAUUAGCAAAAGUUUAGUGGACUUUACCCUCAACUCAAAAAAUGUAGAGGUCACAGUAUCGGGUCAGAAAUACACUCAUGCAUGCAGCACAUGAUCGACAAAUAUUUAUAGGAUGUUAUUAAAAAUGAGAGUCUCUGUCAGCAUUUCUUAAAGUUCAUGUUUUAAUGUUGUUUUCUAACUGACCAGGUCGUCCACAUAAAGAUGGUGACUCCAAGAGGAGUGAUCGAGAAGAGCUGUCAGGGGCCUCGUAUGUCUACAGGGCCUGACAUUCACCACUUCAUCAUGGGCUCAGAAGGUAUACUAACCGUCUCUCAUGUGAUUUGAGUGCACAGCAGCAUGUGAGCAGGAGUGUGUUUGUGUACGUUUUUUUUCACAUAUUCUACAAGUCUUUGAUAAAACAGUAACAUCAGGCAGGUUCUCAUGCUCCGGGCCUCUUACACAUUAACCAGCGCUGGUGGAAAAGUGAUCCGAGGGGGUGUUAGUCAGGAACCAGCAAGUGUCCUACCCGCCCCAUCUGCUGUGCCCUGUCCUUGUGAACGCCCACAGAGAAUACUGCCAUAUGCCAGGUUCCCCCCUACAUAAUGAGGAGGUUCACAGACUCUUGGCAUCGCAAUGUUAAACAGCUGUGGAUGCAAACUUUAUAUUCACCCUACAAAGCUCAGCAAUCUGCUCCCUGACUGAGCUGGGAUCACUGCCGAGAUCUCCAUUUGUACUCAUUAGAAGUGAUUUCAAUUUUACUAAGACCACUACCAUCAGUGCACAGGAUCAUACCUGCAAAAAUAGAGUCAGAGUUUGAUCAUUUAUACUCUUAAAUGCUUCAGUUCUCAGAAAGUUUCAAAUUUAAAGUCCGGGGGAGCUCUAACGGGGUAAGAGGUUUGCUAAGAAGCCUUUAAAUGAAAGGUCGUUUUUGGAGUCACCUGUUAAAAGUUCCAGGUUCUAAAAGACGUAGAGUCACAUGAAGUGUAGCUUUAGUGCUGAAUGGAUAAUUGGAGUAUCAUGAAACUCAACAUGAAAAAAUGACGUUUUGAAGUUUUAAUAAAGAUAAAUAAAACACGCACAUCCUUGUAGCCCAAAAUUGGGUGGGUGCUGGACCAGAAAACACGAAACGAAGGUAGGAAAAAAGUCUGCAACACCAGAUCGAGCUCCAAUGCAAAAACAUUUAUUCAAAGUAGUGCUGGACGAUAAUUCGAUAACAAUAUAUAUCGAUCGAUAGACGUGUGGUGCGAUAGAAAAAAAACGGGUCGAUAAAAAGUUCGAUAGAAAAACACAGUUUCCCUUUCUUUUUCAUCAUAGCCUAUCAUGUAGCUUUUACUACAGUCAUUACUUCCUCCCAACCAAUCACAAACGCAGACCCAGGUACGCUACGGCACCAAGCCCAGCCCCUAUCAAACCACAACAGACAGCACGUGUAUUAGAAAAAAUGAUACAGCAAGGAGAAGCGGAGGACAUUGUCCCGAAAAAAGGUUUCAGUAGUUCACCAGCAUGGCAAUGUUUUGGUUUUUAGAAGUCUGACAAAAAGCGAACAGCGGUCGUUUGCAAAAUUUGCAGAGAAUUAGUAAAAACCAAGUGUGGUAACACAACCGACUUGUUUUACCAUCUAAACCGAUCGCACCCGCAGGAGUACGAGCUGUGUCGGCCGCGCCGCGGCUCCACGUCGUCGUCGGAGGAGGAAUCCUCUGGAACCGCUGCCAGCCACAGCACAAAGCAUGUGAAGCAGAUCAAACUGGACUUCGUUUCUUGUCAAAAUACGACAAAGCGUCCGAGCGGCAUAAGGACAUCACCCAUGCAGUAACAUGCUUCAUAGCGAGGGACAUACUGCCAAUAACUACCGUUGAAAAGCCUGGCUUCGACCAGCUUCUAGCCACUCUCGACCCGCGAUAUAAAGUGCCCGGCCGCAAGUAUUUCUCAAACACAGCGCUUCAGGCAUGAAAAUGGGUCAGGGGUUGAAAAGGUGAGAAGGGUGUGGAGGAAAUACGUUCCGGUGUUGUGCCGUAGAAUGCACCCCUGAAUCCCGUCCACUCAUUAGCUUCUCAAAGUGGAAGAAAAUGAGCUCAUAUUUUACAAAGACGCGAGUAUUUGGAUCAUGGCUACUAGCAGGGGGUGCAUUCGGCAGGGGUGCAUUCUACGACACAACACCGGCGUGGAUAAGUCCUGCUUCUCGUGCUUAGUUUGUGUAUUAAGUCAAUCACAUGAUAAUUAAAAAAAUAAAUCUCCCGACCCCGGGAGAAAUAUUUCAGUGUUCAGACACCAGGCUGUGGGCAGUUUCCCACACAGUUAAAACUGGUAGUAUGCUAUUCCCACCUAAAGCUAUUCUGUUUAUUUAUAUAUUUGUUUGUUUUGUUUAUUUUCAUCAAAAGACUAUUUAAAUAUUUAUUUAUCAGAUUUUCUGGUCACUUUAGUCUUUAUGUUUGUCAGUAUUUACUGACGUCACUCAGGCCACUUAAGUUGAUUUCUUUCUUUUUUUAGUUCUUUUUUAAAAAAACUUUCAGUUGUGGUAAAAUAAAAAAGGUGGUUGAAUAAAGGUUUGAAUUUGAAUUCAGUGCUUGUGUGUUCUUUAUUAAAAGUAGGUCAUUAAGCAAUAGCAUAAAACAUCCAGGGCUGCAAUUAAAAUAUAUGUUAAAUAAUUAUAAUAAUUAUAUCGAUAAUUAUCGAUAUCGAUCAAUAUGAUUUAUUUUUUAUCGAUAUGCUUUUUUUCUAUAUCGUCCAGGCCUAAUUCAAAGUCACAUGACAUUUCGAGCAUGCAGGCUCUUUAACAUCUGAGGAAGAGCCUGGGUGCUCAAAAUGUAACUUUAAAUAUUUUUUUUUGCAUAAAAUGUUUUGCAAAAAAUGUAUUUAACAUUAGUUUAAAGGUGUGGAUGAACGUUUUUAAAGGCUCAGUCUGUAAAUUAUGAUGAACCGCGACAGGCUAGUAGUGGAAGAAUAUCAGAGAAUAAGCCUUCCUCUUGAGUUUCGUCUUCAUACAAGCCAUGGGACAGGACCACACGUCUCUGAGAAGAGCGUGUCCCACUGGGAGGCCUAACGCUAGAACUCAAGAGGUCACAGGAGCACAGAGUUUCAUUAAAAUUAUCUCGCUCAUCACCGCAGAAACCCCAUCCUGCAGCCUGACAGCAGGCCACAACACCAACAAUAAAAAAGCACCACGCUAAAACCCUCAGCUAUGCUCUGCAUGUUAAGUGGAACGCAUCCAUUUUAUCAGAAAUUACUGUUGGAACCUUGAGCUUCUCAUUCACUGCACAACAAGCAGGGCCCUCUAUCUGUCUGACCUUGGAGUAGCCUGAAUGCUAAGUAAUGUUCUCAACAAGUAGUGUACCCAAUAAUGGAAGAAUCCUGAAUAAUGCACCUUUUUCUAUUCAUGUCUGCUCAACCUCAGAUGAUGUAAUGUGAGUGUGUGUUGCUCACCAGAGUCAGCUUUAUUUAUUUGAUUUUAAGUGUUUUAGGUGACCGUCUCAUGGUGGUUUGAGUCCAUUCAGCUUUUUUUUUGUAAAGAAAUGUUUCACACUGAAAGAAGUAAUCCCUCCCUUUAAAUACUAACCUUGUAGAAAUUGUCAAAAAGGAUCUUUAAAGUGACACUUCGGCAUUUUAUUGCAUUAAAUUCAUCCCCAAGAGGGUGUUUCUCUGACCUUGCUGUUCCUAUUACCUCAGUUUGUCACUCACUCACUCACUCACUCACUCACUCACUUUCUCUCUCCUUUACGCCCCUCUUUCUAGCUCCUCCCCAUUUCUCUCUCUCUCUCUCUCUCUCUCUCUCUCUCUCUCUCUCUCUCUCUGCUGCUCUGACUCCUCCUUCUCCUUGGCUCACUGGCUCCUCCUCCUGCUGUCAGGAGGAUCAGCCAUUCCUAGCAGAGGUCCAACGGAGUCACAUGUUUACCACUGGGCCACUAGAGAGUAGCAUGUAGCAUGUAGUGUCACUGUUAGAGGGCUCAUUAACAGCCGUAACAGGCUGAGGACGCCUCCUAAUGGUUUAGGCUUUAUUCAGGAGAGAUAGAUCCCUGAAUAGACUUUGUCUGUAGUGACAGAGAGAGCGUGCACACCCGGGGAAGGGUAACAGGUUCAGAUUGCAUCAGUAUAAUUCAAAAACACGAGGUGGAUGACUGACAAAGCGAGUGAAGCUUCAAUAUAUAUUCACCAAGUGGCAAGAGACACAACCCCAGACGAGUCGAGGCGCCACUCUAUAAUAGCUGAACAUGAUCAGCCAGUUUUUGCAUGUUUAGACCAGCGUUGCCAAGUCUGCAGUUUUCCUUUGAUUGUUGUGGCUGUGGGUAGAUUUUUUUGCUUGCAGGUGUGGUGGACCCACUUUUGAUGGCUAGUGAAUGAAAAGUAAAAAUCCAACAUGAAUGAACUGCUUUAUUACUUUGAUCCUGUUAAGAUGAAAACUAAAAUAAUCAUGAGACUAAUCACUAAAGUUGUUUUUCUGCCUAUCUCUAAAACGCAUCAUAAAUAUAUGUAUCAUGCAUUAUAAUUACGUUAUAGCACCAUAUAACUAUAGUUAUAAAUGCUCAUAGAUGAUCAUAAUGCUUUAUAGCAAUAAUUAUAACAUGUUAUAAAGAAUUUUAUCUUGACUUACAAGGUCAAGUAUUAUAAUGUGUUAUAACUGUUAACAACUCACUGACAAUGCCCACAUAGAUAAUGCAAUGCAACUGUUGUUAACAGUUAUAAUACAUUAUAACAGCGGACUUUGUAAGUCAUGAUAAAAUGCUUUAUAAUGUGUUAUGAUUACUGCUAUAAAGGAUCAUGAUUAUUUAUGAGUGUUUAUGACUAUAGUUAUACAGUACUAUAAUGUGAUUAUAAAGCAUAAUACAUAUAUUUAUAAUGCAUUAUAGAGAUAGACAUCAAGUAAAGUGUUACAGAGAUUUUCCUCUAAAGUAAUUUGCUGUAAGAGGAAAAAAAAUCCAAGAAUAGUGGUUUUACAGCAUGUCAUGUGAUUCCAGCUGCAGCUAAUGUUUGACACUAUUCAGGGUCAAAGGUCAACCUGUCAACUUGAGUAUAUGCUGCUUAUGGCCUCACUACCUUUGAUACAGCCCUGCUUAGUUUCCUCCCUCUCUAAACUUGAUAAAUCUUUGCUGCCCCACAGUUUGUGGUAGAAAACCAGAUCUACUAGGUGAAACGUGAGACAAAGGUCACCCAAAGGACCCUGGGGACGUGUACCAGAGCUCUGUAAAACACUCUCAAGUUCUGCUUUUAGAGGCGGCUGGGUCAUAGGAGUCUUGUUUUUUUUUUUCACUCAAAGUCUCUCACUGUGAUUUUCCACAGGAACUCUGGGUGUGGUGACCGAGGUGACGAUGAAGAUCCGUCCCGUGCCGGAAUAUCAGAAGUACGGCUCAGUGGUGUUCCCAAAUUUUGAGCAGGGAGUCGCCUGCCUCAGAGAGGUUGCCAAACAGGUAACAUGCUAACAGUCUGCAGUUGUUGAAACAUAUGUGUCAAGAAGACUCACUGCAGAAAAUGCUGUUUGUUUCCAAAGCGUCCUUAAACUGAUAACUGAGAGCCACUCAAAGGUAGUGAUGUGCGCCCACUGGUUCAGGAUUUAUAGCUUUUACCUAAAGGCCCAGACACACCCAAGUCCACCGUCUUUAUAGUGUAUCUGAAUUCUGCUCAGUUCUCAGUUGUGCUUUGUGGUUAAUUACUGGUGACUGCUCUGGGAGUUUACAAUCAUAAAUAUUGGUUGAAUUUAGUCCAAUAUCAUAUUGAUCACUUGACAUUUUUCUGUCGUUUUUUAACUGUGUCUCCAACAAACUAAAAUAGACAAAUUCUUUUGUUUCAGAGAUGUGCCCCAGCGUCGAUACGACUCAUGGAUAAUGAGCAAUUUAAAUUUGGUAAGUAAUAGACAUACAGUGUAAACAAGCCUCGACUCAAAGCAGAACAAAUCACUGCUGUCUUUAUCUCCUGAACGCUCUCUGGAUCUUAACAAAUAAGGCUUAUUUUUACACAGCUUUCAUUUUCAGCUUUUCUGUCCAUGUUUUGUUUUUGGUUUAAGUUUUAGUUACACAACAGUCAGUCUUUAAGUAAUCAUAUUUAUUUUAAGGUGAAAUUAGUUCCCUACAGUGUAUAUUUUGUCAUUUGUUAGGAGUUUCAUUGAGGAGCUGUUUACCUCUGAGUACAAGAACAGUGAAUGGAAAUGGUACAGCAUGCAAUGAUUUUACCCUCUGCAGCCCAGUACUGCUAAAUUGAUUAUCAUUUUUGCAGCAGAAUAGCAACACACACACACACACACACACACAUAUAUAUGCACACAAUCACUCGCAGACAAAGAAUUGAAGCAAGAUGAAAAAUGACCCUGGCCAAAAUGAAGUAGUUGUUACAUUGAAAUUUUAUGAUGUUGUUUCUUCAGGUCCAGUAGAAUGCAUCUGGCAUUGCUAGAGAUCUGUGUAAAGUUCCCCGCUCUCCAGGGAUCUCAUUAUCUCCCCCAUAUUUCCACUUUUCACAGAGUAGGCACUUCUCAGCAUUAAGCAGGGAAGAUCGAGCGACCAGGUUUUCUGCUAAUAACUAAAACUCAUGCCUCCAUGAUACCUUCUUGGGCUUAUUAGUGGCCUGUCCUCACUUUUAAUCAUGUCGGCUGUAAGUAAGGAGAGCUGAUGUAUUCACAGGUCUCUUUCAGAUUGGGACUACAAGUGCAAUUUAGCUCCGCCUGUUCUGAUACACACGAUGAAAAAUGAGGAUGUUGUAGUCAAUAGGAGUGUGUAUUUAGGGGCGAGACAGAUAAAAACUCAGAGAGCAGAGUUAAAAGUAAAAUGAAGCAAAGUGUUGGUGUAAUUUUCUCUCUCUGGAUGUUAAGUAUUUAAUUAACGAGUAUGAUGGCAGCGAGAGACCUAAAGACCUGCAAUCAAAUUUUGGAAUGGAAACAAUUAGGACACUAAGUGAUGAAGAGACUCGAGCAUGGGGGGAAAUAAAUGAACUGUUAAGUCUCGGCGACAUCACCCGUGACUUCCCCACUGUGAUUGAUAACCAUCCCAUUGGCCCCAGCCCCUCAUUUUCACUUGUCCACGGGCGCUUUUGUGCGUCCAAUCAGGAAUAAAUCAAAAAGUGUGGGUGAGAAAGACGGAUAUCGCUGUGUCAACCCCACUUCCCUUCGGAAACCAUCUGAUUUAUAGCCGCUGUCGCUGGCAGCCACUGGCCAGUUGUAAAGUUAUUCAAAUGUUACCAUUUAUUUUUUCCUGCUUUUGUUUGAAACCGCAAAUAAAUCUGACUGGCGUUGCCCUCUCUGGAACGCUGGAGGAUGCGAGCAGAAGCAGGGCUAUGACUAAUGUGUGAAAAACAUAAUCUGUUUCCAGGUUCACUUCUUUGUGAAGAGGUGAAGCUGACUCCUGUCUGAUAUUUUCACAGGUCAUGCCCUGAAGCCUCAAGUCUCUUCAAUUUUCACAUCCUUUUUGGAGGGGUUGAAGAAGUUGUACAUCACCAAGGUAAAAAAAAAAUACACAUAUAUCAGUAUAUAUAUAUUAAACAUGUUAAAAAAAUCCAGCUGCUUUCCCUGAGUGAUUAUCAUGAAAAAUGAAACCACCUCUUUAAUCAUCAGUUUAAAGGGUUUGACCCCAACCGCUUGUGUGUGGCCACGCUCCUGUUCGAGGGAGACCGAGAGAAGGUCCUGCAACACGAGAAGCAGGUCUACGACAUCGCUGCUAAGUUUGGGUAAGCACAGAGACACGACCCAGAGGUCAGUUACACAUCCAGACCAUGUGAAGCGCAGAGAUGACAGAGCCCCAUUUGAUGUGGAUUUAAAGGUGAUGUGGGGCUGCCUGAUGCUGAGCUGACACUUUAUUUAACCAGCCGUUCUGUUGUAGCUGUUAAAAAAAGAUGGAGGAGCACAGUUACACACUUCAGACUCCGGCCCUCUGUUCAGCAGUUUGUCUGUGCGUGUGGAUUGAUGGAUCACCUGUGGAUGUCCUCCUGUCAGGCCGGCCUUUAUGUUAGAGUAGGUGUGGUGUGGGCGGUGAUAGUGGGGUACAGCUCCCCUCAGGGCGAGAGGACACAGCCCGGUAGAGCUCGACUGGUGUGAUUGAUCACUGAGCGGAUCGAUGAGGAGUUUGGUGGAAAUCAGUCCUGUCAACCUGAGAGAAGUGCUCUCUUUAUCCUGAGCCUGUUUUAAAACUCUAAUAAUAGUUUCAGGGACGAGUUCAACCUCAGCUACAGCUAUUAGCUUUAUGGUAAAUCACACUGCAGUGCUUCCCCUACAUUCAUUCAGGAGCAGCACAACAUUACUUCUGAAUUACUACUGAAAUUUCACAUGAUUGUUAAUAUCAAUGCACCACUAAUGAUUUCUACUCGCACUGUGUGAGCACACCAACGCACAACAUUAUUUUCGACUUGUUUUGAGUCAUCAACGAGCGCAUUAAAUCCUGUCGGACCCUCUUCCAUUAAUAUGAAGGAUACUGUUCAAGCUUAUACACGGUCUAGAGUGGGUAACAUAACGUAACGUGAACGUAACAGCGUAGCUCCUUGAGCGGCAAGAGAGUGGGGGUGACAGCGAAAAUUUCCAGGUGAAGACUGACCUGAGGAAGAGCAAAGCUUUGAGGUAAACGGGAACAGAAAAACAUGUCGACUUAAACAAAACUACAGAUUCAAACCAAAUUUGUCCAUUUUUAGCAGGAUAUCAGUGAAGAGCAAAACAGUCUCCUUCAAAUAAAAAUGAAGUUGAUUUUUCUAAAAAACUGCAUAAUUAAAAGAUCCUGGAAAUACGGUAUUAUUUUUAACAUAAUUAGAUUUUCUAACUAGUCAGUAACUAGAGAGAGCUCAUUAAAACACUAAAUCAAACAGAGAACUAACCAGGGCUCCUAAGUCUUGUUGUGUAGUGACUCAUUGAUUAUAUUUUACCCUGUUUGGCUCGGUGCCCGGACUUGCAGGUCGCUGGAGCACUGCCCUGGUAAUAGCCAGCAAUUAAAUCAUGAGAAACUUGUCAGUUACAUGCAGCAUCCUCUGCUUUAUUGCAUUAUUUCAAAUAAAUCGUGAUCGCCCAUCAGAUCAAGUGCGGGUGAUGGAUUGGGGCGUUUUCUGUGAGGAAUAUUUCCUCGCGGCGCAGGGAAACAGGAAGAAGAGUGGAGGAAAUCAAUAUAGUGAUUUUGUAAUGAGCUUGGCCUGAUUAGUUUGGGUGGUGGAUGAAAAUUUGAUUACCCACUGCAGGUGAUGGAUGUGUGGCUGACCUGUGGCGAUGCACAGAGCAUGACUUCAUUGAUCUGUACAUUGUUGGAUUGACAGGCUCCCAGGCAGCUGUUGUGAGGGGCGCGGCCCGCGCAACAAAGCUGAGAGAAAAGAGCUGUUAAAUAUUAACCCUGUUAUCUGCUUCCAGGGGUCUGGCAGCUGGAGAGGACAAUGGGCAGAGGGGCUACAUGUUGACCUUCGUCAUCGCUUACCUCCGGGUGGGUUUUUCUCCUGGCUUUUUUUUCUUGCAGAGCUGAUGGGCAUGUGAGGCGGGUAGAGAAGACACAGAUAGGAUGGUGAGGAGAGCAGAAAGGCUGCAGGAUGUGACCUCAGGAGGUCUCUGAUUUGAUCUGGUCACAGUUGUUGUCAGGGUGUCUAACACUGACCUAUCUGCACGAUGAGGGGAGCACAGUGGUUGCAGUCAUGAUGACAAUGGAGAGCUGUCAUUGGUUCGACCUGUCAGAGACCCUUUGAUCAUUCAGACACUUAAACUAGCCAGGAGUUAAAAUACGAUUAAUCCUACAUGCAAAACAGACCGUCAGCUUUUUCAAUGCAGUGGAAGUAAAAUCUUAAGUGUCUAAAAGAAAGAAAGCUGAUGUAUUGAACAUGUAUACGGGUAAUUGGCUUCUAAAUAUAUGCAUGUGUAUGACAGAGACUGCAGACUUGGAAAAUAAAGCUGUGACCAGAGAGCAGCAGAGAUAAAAGUGAGAUCCUUACAUGUAGCGACGCGCCAUUAAAUACAAAACACUCAAGUAAUGAUUCAGAACCAAACUGAAACAGCCCAGAACUAAGACUGCAAGUCUGCAAAGCCGAACAGCGGCCCAUCAUCAGUGUUCAGAUUUACAGACACAAAAUCUCUCACAGGCAAAGAUGUUCUACUGACACACUUUUCAAAAGUGUUGGAGCCUAAAAGUUUCUGCCAAGUUUACCCUCGAAAGCUGAUAAGUUAGGUAUCACCCAGAAUUCAACGCAGAAAACUUUUUACUUCUGCGCUCAUAACUAAAUCAUUUAAAAUCAGGUUAAAGAACAGCACAGGUGGAUUUGAUAUGUACGAUUUGACUAGCAUGAACACGAACCUGUUUGCUUACCUUCAAGUAUCCUGGUAAUGUGUGUGAAUUAAAUGAAUGAAUGGGUUAACUAAAGCUGAUGUUUCCUGGUGAACAGGACUUGGGGAUGGACUACUAUGUGAUUGGAGAGUCCUUUGAGACCUCUGUGCCUUGGGACAGGUAAACGCACUUCUCCGAGCUUCUACAGUUUCUUUCUCUGUUUGAUUGAAAUCACUGUAAACAUUUCACUUUCCUCUCCUCCCACACAGUCAGUCCUCGGAGAGUCCUCUGUCUCCCUCCUUCUUCUGUUUCCUCUCCUUUCCUUUAUUUCUCUGUGACUCUCUCUUUGAUUUUCACCUUCAUGCCCCCCCCCUCCUCCGUUAUCCUGCUGCUCUGCGUAGGCACAAGCGUCCCCCUCUCUGCCUACAACACGCCAUCACUGACACACAUGCGCACACACAUGUAGGAGAAACCCAUCUAUGUGUGUACCGUGUGAGGAAAUGCAACAUGAACUACAUUUUCAUCUCACACCCACAUAUGGCGUGUUCUGCAUUUUUGGUUUCACACACACACACACACACACACCAACCAGGAGCGCACACAGCUCUGUGUUGUGUAACAUGCCUGUCGGGAGAGACCAAGAGAUCAGGCACUGAGGCGAGCAUAUGUGCCCGGCUCAUUACCCGCCCUCUUCCCCAUCCUCCACUUUCCACACACGACUGCACAUCUUCAGGACUGGCGGCCAUUUCCACACCGGUGGGAACUCUCCCACUGUGGUCGUCCUCUUCUUUUCUGGGCUUCUGUUUUUGUUUGAGGAUUUUCACUAAAUUUGUAUUUCAGUCACUUUCUUCUAUAUUUGGGAAUUAGGAUGUUCAAACACACAAGAACGACAUAUAUCAGAGCUCAGCUGUGAAACUUUUAUUUUGUUAAAUUGUUGAAAUAAAAGCUUUUUUGUUUCAUUAGGGUGUUGGACAUUUGCCGGAAUGUGAAGGCACGCAUCGUCCGAGAGUGUAAAGAUAAAGGCGUACAGUUUCCACCAUUAUCCACAUGCAGGUAAUGUUUGAAAAGGACUUUAUUGAUGCACAAUUUAAGAGAACUCUUCCAGAAAUCAGGACUUAAUACCCCAAAAAACAAUUUAAUAGUUUUUAAACUUUACUCUAUUAAAAAGCUCAGAUAGGAACUGUGUCUCAAGGUAAAGACAUUCCCACAAAAGCUCUUUCUAUUGAAGUCAGACGACUGAUAAAGGACAAGGCCUCCAUACAUACACAACGUUCAUUUUCAACAGUUUUGAAUGAUGAAUUUGUUAAGAAGUGUUUUCAGCAAUACACUCAAUAUUUGCAGCACUGUAUUUAAAACAGCCAUCCACGUUGGAAUGAGGAAAUGUCAACUAAUGCAACAGUACAGAUCAUUAUUGCGCUUUAAAUCACUGGUGGACAAUAUUGGAGCGUGGAUCCACAUACAUUGCUUUCAAGAAUAAGAAUUUAAUACUUUUGCUUUGUUUUUGUUUUUUUGUAGUUGUUGUUGUUGGAUUCAGCGACCUUUAGAAAAACUUUUUACUUUAAAUGUCGUCAAACACUAACGGUAAAGAAAAGCUGUGGCAGUUUAGACUCACAUUGCACAAAAUACGUCACAAGUUUGCAAACCCCUGUCCCACCCUGACUCCUGUUAGUCCAGCAUAAUCCGCACAAAUGGACAGACGGACCACCACACAAAUAUGCAGCGAGCCGGUUGAGGAGCAGCAGACCUCUGCUCCACAAUUGCGAGCAGAUUAGGCCUCAGCCUGAUUAUGCCCCAGCUAUUCAUUUCCCGGCCGCAGCCUGUCACAUGAUUGAUUUGUCCAUUUAACCUCUAGGAGAGUCAGCGUGCCAGGUGAUGGGCCAUGUCAAAUGAACCCCCGCGUCUCUACAGAGGAAACAUGCCAAUUGAAUAAAUAUUUAAUUCAUAACUGUAGAUUUUCUCUAACACGAGCCCUGGAUGGAUGAAGAGUUGAAUUAAAGCUGUGAUUUCUGCAGGAUCCAUCUACAGACUCUGUUCUGAACAACAAACAGAUCCAUUUUCUGCUCUGCAUUAGAGUUGAGUCAUCUUGUCCCCUGCAGUCCAAAUACGGCUCUGAUGAUUCAGUAAAAGCAUUUAAUGUCUGAUAAUGUGUGUUAUUAGAGGUGACAGUGCUUCAGUGCAGAGCAGCUGGAAAACAGGAGUGGAAUCGAGGUCAGGGGCUUACUGAGGAAAGCGAAACCUCCCACUUCACUUUGUCCACCAAUUACCGAGCAAAGAUGCGUUUAUUGUAUGAAAAUGAAGCUCCUUGACUAAAGACCAAUCCGUGGAAUCAUGUAAAGAGCAUAUAUGGAAAUAUUAAAGAGCUGUUCUCGCUUGUUUUACAAUUUUCUCCUGUUUUUUCUUACAGGGUGACUCAGACGUAUGACGCCGGUGCCUGCGUCUACUUUUACUUUGCCUUCAACUACAGAGGACUCAGUGAUCCUGUGCAUGCGUAUGAACAAGUGGAGGUAAGACAACUGCUCUGUUCUGUUGAAUCUAAAAAACCCACAGUCACUGAAAGAGGGUAUAAUCAUUUUUCAUCCUUUUAUUUCCCAGCAUGCAGCGAGAGAGGAGAUCCUUGCCAAUGGAGGGAGCUUGUCACAUCACCACGGAGGUACUUUUACUGAAAAAUGUCAGAUUGUUUCAAACGUCGGACGAUGAAUUAGACUGCAUAUUAGUUGCAAAUAAAAGUUCGGUAACACUUAAAUUGACACCUAUCUCUAAAACGCAUAAAUACAUGUAUAAUGCAUUAUAAUCACGUUAUAGCACUGUAUAACUAUAGUUAUAAACACUCAUAAAUGAUCAUGAUGCACAAUAGCAAUAAUUAUAACACAUUAUAAAUUAUUUUAUCGUGAGCUACAAGGUCAGGUAUUAUAAUGUGUUGUGCUUAUUGUUAUAAAGCCUUAUGAUCAUUACUGAGUAUUUAUAAUGAUAUUUAUAAAAGUUUAUAAGCAAAUUAUAACACAUCAUAAAUAUAUGUAUAAUGCAUUAUCUAUGUGAGCAUUGUCAGUGAGUUGUUAACAGUUAAAACACAUUAUAAUACCUGACCUUGUAAGUUAUGAUAAAAUGCUUUAUAAUGUGUUAUGAUUAUUGCUAUAAAGCAUUAUGAUCAUUUAUGAGUGUUUAUAACUAUACUUACACAGUGCUAUAAUGUGAUUGUAAUGCAUUAUACAUAUAUUUUUAAUGUGUUGUAGAGAUAGGCGUCAAGUAAAGUGUUAGCAAAAGUUCCAUUCAGCAGCAGAUUUCCCAGCAUGCUCUACCGUGCCAACAAGCAGACGGCCGGUGCUACAAAUGUGCAUGUGGUCAGAAAUGUUUCAUUGCUUCCUUCACAUGUCCAAAAUCUGUUCCCCGGCCCAGAUGAAUUGCUCUGACUCGGCUAUUUGUUCAUUUCAGCGGUGACCAAAUGAAACGUGAGCAGAGGAGGGGGGGGGUGUAACAACUCUGUGGGCCCCAUCAGGGCUAACCGAAACGGCUGCCUUAUCUAUAUUGCCAUCCGCCUCGCUGUUUUCAUACAUCACUUCAGGCUAUUCAUCACACCUGUCAAAAACAGUAUGCAGUGAAUCAGCUGCAAUAUUAAAUCACAAUUUUUCCUGAAGGCGGGGACGGGUUCAAAAUUAAAAGAUUGCUAAUAAAAAGGAGGCGGUGGGGCCAGGGUAAAUGAUGCCGCCGUUAUCGCCGGCUGUACGCUGACCUCCAAACGGUGGCCCGGCCACCCCGAGCAGCACGGGGAGGUGACAGAGGGGGGAGAGAGGAGGGGAUAUUGAUGCAGCUCCUGCGUGCGAGGCCCACUCUGUAAUUGUGAUUAAUAACAGUGGGGCUUUGCUAUCUGGGCGCAGACAGCCCGGUUUGUCUGCCCACAAUCAGCGCUUGACAAAUGGAGCUAGUUUCUCUGGGUUUUGUGUAUCAAACAAAACAGAUGUAGUCAAGGAUGGAGAGGUGGGAGGGCAGAGGAGGAAAUAUACAUUUUUGCGGCCUUGUGUUUACAGCAGGUCAGUGUUGUGCUGCGUGGGCGUAGGUACAGGAAUCUGGGCGUGUGAAGCUCUCUACCUGUUUGUCUACAGGACAUAAUAUUCAGCAAACACUACAAGCUGUCUAUCAAAGAAAAACAGACAUUUUUUUUUAUUCUUUCAGUGUAUGUGGAGUCAAAUUGAUCAUUUUUAUCAAAUGUAAAAGCAGGAAUGUUAGUGUGACUGUGCUCUGCUUCCUGAAGCCAGAACAUCCUCAGAAGUGUCCUCUGUAACUGGGUCACACAGUGUUGCAGCGGUGAAGACUUGUUUAACAUCAAUCACCAGGAGAGUCAUCCAUCUAUCAGCCAAUACUCGGCCAUAUCACAUGAACACAGGGCCGCUACCUUACCCUGCCUUUCGUGUCCUGACCCCCAUUUGUCAGAGACGACCCAGGGAGAGUGAGAGCAGCGUGUCGAGGGGUUGAGCCUCUGCCUGGCCUCUACUUUCUCUCUUUGUAUGAGGAACAACCCGUGGUGGUUGCACACAGCAUCUCUCCCCAAACUUGUGGCCCUGCAGAGCUCAGAUUGGGCUAACUCUGUUGACCCCAGUGCUCUGUGGGUGUAGAAAAAUGACCUGUUUAUGUAAAGUUCCCAGAAAAAAAAAAAAAAACGAUGCUAAAAUCUGUCAUUCCUGAAAUAAGUACCUGCACCUCUUUGCAUGUCUCAGCUGCACAGACCGAGUCUGCCGAGAUUGAUUGCAAUAGCGGACAAAAAAGAGAGCAUAUGACAAGAUAGAUGUGUAAAUUAUCACAGUGAUGGAGGCAAUGAUGCAGUCCCAGCACCUUCUGUUUUCUCUCCAUUUCCUGAGAGGAGGGAGGGAGGGACGGAGGUGGAAUAAGGAGGGAGGCCUGCAGAGGAGGAGGUGGGGGAGAUGGUAGGGAGCAGGGGACUUUCUUAGUUAUUGGGCAGCAGCUGAUUGGUCCCUCUGUCACCAUCUGGAGGUGUGUGCUAUCAGGGUCCCCUGUGACCCUGCUGUCUGCCCUGUUUUGUCAAGAGACGAGGCCUAACCCGCCUCACGGCUGAUCCCCAUCUGGGUUUCCUGGCCGGACUCUGAUAACAUGGCGCUCUAACACACCAGGCCACUCCCCUAAACAUGCCCUUUAAACACCGGAGCCCCCCCUGUGCUAGCAAUCCAAAACGAGGUGUGUGAACGCUCCCAUCAUACACACGAGUGUUGGCAGGCCUCUGUCUCUUAUCUGUCCUGACCACAGCGCCGCUUUAAGGUGUUUGCUCUGCAGGCAGCACAUGCUCGGAGCUGCUCCGCUCUCAGGUUUAUCUUCUAGAGGUGGAGGGUUUCUUUUAAGUUGACAUGACCUCCAAAAGCUAACACACACACACACCAAGCUCUCUGAUCUGAUGGCGUAGUUAAAGUGUUGGGCUGUGGGGUCUCUUCAUACUUAUUGAAUUUUUCUUUGAAGUUCUUAUUUAAUUCAUCUUGUAGAGCACUCUGAAUGCUUUGAUUAGGCUCAUCUGCUUCAUUUGAUUCAUGACUUUUAACUGCUUUACUGGUCAGAAGACAGAUGUGAUGAUGACAGAUGUGGAAACCCCCCGAUGCUCAUUUGACCAAGUGGUCUAAAUGUAAGAGCUGCAACACAAGAGCUGCUCCAAAUAUUACUCAUGAUUUUCACAGAUCCACAAAUCAACACCGUAAUUCUUACAGUCUAAAAUCUGUGGGAAAAAUGUGUUUGAAAAAAAAACACACCACAAUCUUCGUAGGUCUAAAACCAGAAGUUUUUCAAAUUUCAAUAAACUGAAUUUGGGGCGGCUGUGGCUCAGUAAUAGAGUUUAGGUCCACAUGCUCAAAUGUCUAUGGGCAGGAUGCUUGACCCAAACCUUCCUCGCGCUGGCUUUGCUCAGCCCUGUGUGGAUGAUGAUCCAAUAUCCAAACAAAUGUGCAUGCAGUUAAAUUAACAAAAUAAUUAAAAAAAACUGAGUCCAGGUUUUAUGGGCACCCACGCCAGGUUCAGUCAGGACAUUUGUUGGGUUUUGACACAUGACUCUCAACAAUUCUUAUUCAGUCUCAACUAACAAACAAAAGCAAAAUUCAAAACAUCUCCAAAAGACACCAUGUCUUUAAACCUGUUAUUUAAAGAUUAUUUUAGAUAUCAAAGAUGAUCCUCAGUGUUCAGAUCACAGAUGAUUAUAUAUAUUUUGAAAGAUUGCACAGCGGCCUGCAGAAAAUCCAAAGGUUUGGUCUCAUUUUGAAGUUCUGUGCCAAGAGUCUGGCUCUCCUCUGAGGUUUUCUCAGCCCUUUAGAGCCACCAGACCUCUCACUGACUCCAGACUCUCCGCUAAGAACCUGUCGGCUACAGACGCCGUGGAGUAUGUCGGUCUGGACAGCUGGUGAAGCAAUAGGCACCCUCACUAGGCUUGGUGCCUCAGCCACUCUUGCUCCUCAGGUUGUGGAGUUUGGAGGAAGAGGAACGGCAGAGAGCCAAAGUCCCGCUGACAGAGCGCUAUUGUGUGCCGCUGCGCGGCUUUCUCUGGCACCCUGUUGGUAAUCAGGCGGGUGUGGAGGGGCACAGAUCAGAGUAGGGGACAAGUAGGCACACAACAGCCUCGGGGUCAGCUGAAGGAGCGCGCUCGUGUGCACAAUGAGACAGAAACACAGAAAAAAAGUGUUCAAGUGACUCUGAGUGAGAGAGAGAGAGAGGGUGGGGGGGACAGCGGCUCAAAGAGCGAAGGGAGCCAGGGACAGAGCGCUCCAGCCGCCAGCCGGCCCCUCCUCUGGGAACACACAGAGCCUAAUGAGUUUGAUAGUCUGCUGAGCUCCAUAAAUCAUGCCAUGCAAAACAUUUCUCCUCUCUGAAUAAAAGCAUUUAUCACCCUCUGUUUAUUCACUCACUCUCACAAGAUUGAUUGGCUCCCAGCAGCCCGCUGAGCAAUCAGCCGUGCCGAUUCCUCUAUACCCCCCUCCCCUCCCCCCUUUUCUCCUCCUCCUCAGUCCUCUUCUUUUCGACUUGAUUUAUUUAUUUAUUUUCCCUCCUCUCGUCAUUCAGUGGGGAAACUUCGAAAGGAGUGGAUGAGGGAGACCGUCUCCAAUGUCGGCAUGGGGAUGCUGAAGUCCGUCAAGGAGUACGUGGACCCCCAGAACAUCUUCGGCAACAGAAACCUGCUCUAACUCCCGGCUCCUGUCCAUCUCCACCUCACCUUUUUUCUAAAAGGCAUCGUGUGCAUUUUGGAUUAAUUGAAACUAAAAUGUGAAAUGGACAGAGAUGUUGUCUUUUCUCAUCAAAGAGUGUCAUUUGGUGCCAUUAACCAGUUCACCCAAACCUUUACUUUCUUUUACAUCGUAUUGCACUAAACACGCUGUAACAAUCAUUCACAGUCAUCUCAGUUUGUUUAGAAUAUAGAAUAGAAUAUUCCUUUAUUGAUCCCCCAUGGGGGAAAUUUUUUUGUCACAGCAGCAUCACAGACAAGACAGAAAGUGCAAAAUGCAGUUAUAACAAUAAGGGUCCUAAUAUUAAGAACUUAAUAAAUGUAAUAAUUAAGAAAAAAAUAAUUGAAAAGAGAAAAGGGAGAAGAAAAAAGCUGCGACCAUGAAACAACUCGACCCUGAUUUAGUCACAUUCGUUUGUGUUUCACCCUUUCCUUCGUAUUCUUGUUAACAGUUCAUCACAUUGUUUUUACUCUCCUCUUGUACGUGUGUGCGUGCGUGCGUGUGUGUGGCACUUCUUCGUCAGUAAGUUUAAGAAGAAUGCGCUUUCUAAAGCUCUGUGCCUUUCUAAAGCUUCUGUCUGCCUUUCCCUUCUCCUAUGACUCACUUUGUGGAGCGUAAAUUAACCCGGACAUGAGCUUCUCUCCGUCUCUCGUUUGGUCCUCUUUCCCUCCUUCCUUUAGUCAUACUGACCUUUUUGCCAUGAGAGACUCUUCCUGGACUCUGCUGAAAAACAUGCUCUUCAAAAACCCCACCAGAUUUUUAACAACAACCCCGUGUGAUUACAAAGAGAGAUAUUCCCCUGUGUGUUUAGUUUUUUGUACUGAAAGCGUUUACCUUGCAUGGUUUGUUACAGAGAAAGUGAAGCAGGAAAAAAAAACAUUGCAGUUUUUUUGUUUUUUCUGUUGUCAUGAAUGCUUCAAAGCGGCUGCAGAUUUGAGGCCUCUGGAUCCCGGUGCUUACAUCGUACCAAAGACUCAUCACAUCAUGCAAACAUACACACAUUUGAAGGUGUACACACUUUUAGUAACUUCACACACAGCUGAACUGUAUUUUUUAAUCAGCAUAUGCAAGGAUAAACCCCUGUGAGAGCUGUAAAAGUUAAGCUAUCUGUGACUGUUACAUGUGAUAAACACAUUUACAUCCUAUGUUCCACACUGUAUUAAAUUAUUUCUGCUCUAUAGGGUUUGUUUUCCCAGAAUUCCCUUGUUAGUUUGCGUGUCCUGUAUGAAGGUUUUUUUGGAUCGGAUAUUUAAAUGUACUAAAACUUGAUGCCAGACUUGUAUCGUAUGUCAGAGUUAACCAUUGAUUUUGAGGUAAAACUUAAGCUUUAAGAAAGCUGUUGUGCAUAGAAAAUUCCCUUUUCUGCCCCUUCUGAUCCAAGCUUCAGGUUUAUUUUGGACCCCAUUGUCCUUUUUUUAAUUCAUAAAAAAUCCUACAUAUAAAAAGGACAUAGUCAGGACCUGUCGUGUGGCAUUUUACCCCGUGUCAAAAGAGGUUUUGAACAUUAUGGAUGUACCUUUUUGUUAUUUUCCACUUCUCUAAACAACAUAGUAACAUCCAAGUACAUUUUUGUCAAUGCUGUUUGUGCAAUUAAAUUGAACUUAAACAUCCCAGCCGUUGAUUUUCUGUUCAGUGAGCAGGAACCUUCGACCUCUCUCAUACAUCAUUUCCAAUUCAGCUCUCCUCUCGUAGUCUUUAUUCGUGUUGUCAGUUGGAGCUCGGAGGGUCAGCAGGAGCAGCCUUUUGUUUGCUCUUUCUCUACCUAUGACCACAAUGAGCUCAAGGUGAUCCAGCACAGAGGAUGUUAGCAGAGUCGGUAUUUUGCUUCCUGACAGGAAGGAUUUUCUUUCUUUUUGCUACACAGAGGCUCAUUUGGGAGUCAUCUUCACCCACACAGCCGCCCACACGCUGCCUGCUGACGUCACUGCCACCUAUCAGCAGCUACGCGGCUCAGCCUUGGAGGAUAAAAUGCACUGCAGCUAUCCCACUCCUCACAGUUUAAUACAAAGGAUUAUGAAUGAAUGAAUACAUCUGAUAUAAAUAUGACUUGAAGGAUUUCAGGUUUAAUAACAGAUCUGUGUGUUUGCAGUCAAGUCCUUUUUCUUUAUGGGGUUAUCUCCCAAACUGGAACAUCUUUUUUAAUGUCUUUAAAUGUAUUUCAAUGGAGCAUGCAUGCACAAGCAGUAUUUCACUGAGAGACAU